CCGUUAAAGAAGUCCUUAUUCCAUAUUAUUUGCUAGGAAGUACCAGUUUUGUUUGUAUAAUUGUAUGAAGAAUAUAAUAGCUAUAUGGUUCAGCAUUUUUACACAUUAACCAAGUGGACGAGCAAAUUCAAAAAUAUUAACAAAAAAAAAUUCUCUAUUGUAAUUGCCACGCAUCAUACACUUUUUUAAAAAAAUAAUUAACACUACAGAAAGUUAAAGAUCAAAAUAGCAAAACUGUUAGACUAGGUUUUAAAUAAUUUCAUCCCGGGAUGAAAUUAUUUAAAACUCCUUUUGAGCAUCAGCCUAUAUAAAUAAACGUAGUUUCACCCCGGUAUGAAAUAUUUUUCCUGUUUACAUGGAGAUUUAAGCAUAGUUUCAUCCCGGGUUGAAAUUUCAUCUCGGUCAUUUUGACCGGGAUGAACUCGACCGGGGAUGAGACUUCCUCCAGCCUAAAACAUGUAAACAGUAUAAAGACUUUGGCCAGAGACGGGGAUGACCUCAUCCCGGGUCGAGUUUCAUCUCGGGAUGAAAUUUUUCGAAAAACAUAUUUUUAUGUUAUUAAUUUCCGCAGAAAAAAUUUAUAUAAACAAAGAUAAAACAAAGUUUAGGUUUGUCGUCAUUUCACACAACAAACAUGAUCGCUCGAAACUGAGAAUUAGUUGUGGUAGAAGAAUAUAAAUCAAGAGAAAAUGUAUUAUUAUUGGCCAUGACAGAUGUUUCUUUAGUUCCAAGGAGUAAUAACAAACUUUCCCAAAUAUUCUUUUACUACGAUUGUGUGUAAAUAUUUUGAGUUAUUUUGAAUUGAAGAUAUUAAUUUUUGAUGUUUACGGUAAGAGCUUCUUAGCUUACUUAUUUUCUUUUAACACAUGUAAAAAUGCUGCUAAUAAAUAUAGAUAUAUAGUUAUAGACAGAGUUAUUUAUUUGUUGUUAGCGUAGUUAUCUUGGCAGACUUUAAGAUUUAAAAAUCUAUUUUUUUAUUUAUUUGGCCACAAAUUAAUUUCAAGCUCAUCUCCUCUUUAACAUGAAUAACAAGCAGGUUUUUGCACAAUUUUUAACCAAACUAGGUGGUAAUAAAUUGGUGCAUAGCUCUUUCAUUUUUUAAUUCGCGAUUUCGUUUACGUACCUGAUUUUUAACAACACAAUCAUUUUUUAAAAAUGUUAUUUUUUUAAUUAAUGAAUAAAAAACAAAUAAAACAUUAAGAUAUGACAAAAAUAUGAUAAAAACGUACAAAUAAGACCCCCGCUUUUUAUAAGACUUGGCGGUAAGGUUUACUUAACCAGCGCUGUCCAGGACUACAGUUAUAUUCACUCGCACAUAUUAAAUCACCGCCAAGGAGAAUCGAAUUCCGGUCCGAUAAGCUACAGCGCCAUACAACAACUAAUCUACGGCGCCAUAAAAAAGAAAAAUAAUGUGGGAAUGCACUUGCAACUUUGUGGUCUUACAACUAUGAAGUGGGUUCAUGCGUUAACGAAAGGAUUUAGACGUCAAUAUCUCUUCAGCAAUUUGUUAGAAGCACAUGAUUCUAUACAUUUUCUUGACCAGAGUCUUAAACUAGACACAAUAAAGGCAGCAGCUAAUCAAAUUAAAAAAACAGUGAUUUUUUUGUAUCGACAAGUCAAUGCUGACUUAAUUAAAAUUUAAAUGACAUCAUCUCCAUUGUUUUCUCUAAUUUCCUCACAGGCUAUUGGCAAGCAGAGUGAUCAAGUGUGUAUUUAAACAAGAUUGGAAACCAUGGAAACAUGAAGACAAGCAGUUUCUUGAAUAGUGGCUUAAUCUCUGUAAUUAUUUUCAAUUGCUUUCGAUGCAACAAUAACCAGGAACUUCAACGACUUGCUGGUACAGUUGUCGUUGUUUUUACUCAUAAUUAGAUGUAUAAGAAGAAUUGUUAGAGUUCUGCCAGAAAAUUCAGCGAACCACAGAUUUUCCUAAAACAGAUAUGGUAAACAUCACCCUGACUCCCAAUGCUACUGGAUAUGCAAGUAACUUAACAGUUGUCCAAAAUAAUAUUAGGCGCAAGGCAGAUUUCAGUCAAAACUCAACUUAUAUCAUUUUCGCUUCAUGUGGUAUUGUGUUUAUCUUAUGCAUUCUACUGACUAUCAUUAUCAAAGUAAGGAGAUCACAGCAACGAAGGCAGACAAGCAAAGAUCAUGAAACAGCUAUAAACAUCACGCAGACUAAAGUUGAACACGCAAGUCAACAAAGUCCAAGCAAUCACGAGGACGAAAAUGAUUUAGAAAUAACUUCUACUAAUAGGAACAUUAAAGGGAAGCUACCAGUAAAUACGGCAGAACCUGUAAAUAUAGAAGAACCACAAUACGAAAUCAGCGUUAGUUACAAAGACACUGUGUACUGCAAUAUUCCUGCACAUGAAUCAAACGAGGUGACGCAAAAUUGUCGCCAAACUAGCAAAAUUGGUAGAUACUACGAAUCUCUGAGAAGAUUCACUCCUUUUGGUAAAAACUUAAAAUCAAAGGAUUCACACAAAUAUGCGUCAGUUAAAUGCAACAUGUUCUUAAAAUCGAAGAAAAAAAAGUUUUGGAUCAUAUUUACAUGCCACCAAAGGCAAACGCAUUUGAUACGUGUUAUACAGAUAUGAACAAUCCAAACGAAAAAGGAAUGUUUCUGAAAUCGAAAAGUAAGAAAUUCGAAAAGCACGUUUACAUGCCACCAAGGCCAAACACAUUUGACACGGCUUAUACAGAUAUGAAAAGUACUAAAAAUGAAGAGUAUGUAUCAAUUGAAGAAAAAUCUCGUUACAGUGGUUACACAGAAAUAGAUGAAGGUGACAUCAAUAAAAGGGAGUACACUAUGCUGCAACGUUUAACAUCUGCGAGUGUUGAUUACGAAGUUGCACCAGAAGAUUUAAAUAUAAAUUCUGAAAGAGAUGAAAACAGCUAUGUGACAUUUGACCAGUACGACAGCAAUCAAUAAAUGCCACAUCUGGUGGUGAAUGCUUUAGAUAAAACGUUUUGGCACUAAAGUAAAAUUAUCUUCUCAGCAUUUGCACGGAUCUAGUUUCCGGAAUGUCACACAUACAGGGAUGUGCGAUUUGUUGGUUUACCCUGCGUCGCAGCGCCGGCGUCGGUCUCCGCAGCAGUCGUGCGGCUAUUUUCAAGACAGUGGAUUCGAAUUAUGAUGAAUUUUUAUUUCGCAAGAUCCAAAUUCUCUACCGUUUUCUCGCGACACAGAAAGCUCGUUGCUGACUGUGUGGUGUGUAGAAAGCUCAUAGGACGAACAAUAUCUCAUCAUUUAGCUGUUAUAUUAUUUUUUCAUUAUUGAAGGCUUUUAGCUGGAAAAGUGCAAGUAAUUGCAAAAUAAUUAACUACCUAAAAGAUAUUUUUGAUACCAAUGAUUUUAAAAGGCCUUUAAUAGUUUGAUUUUGUUUUGUAGCUAUCUAUAUGUUAAGAGAGUUUCAUGUGCCUAAUCAAGAUGUAGAUAAAUUAUGCAGGGUGCGUUUACAUGUUUUCAAACAAAUGAUAAUAUUAGCGCUUUCGAAUCUAGGUAAAAUGGACCAAGAAAAUAUUUAUUCGCUGGAUAAACUGAAUGUUUAGUAAAAUUUGACAGAAUUUUUGUGGUUUCAAUUGCAUCUAAUCAUUUUUUGCUAAUUGCGUACAAUGCACAUUUUAAUUUCGUGAUUUGUAAAUAUUGCCAUACUUUUGUGAUUAGUCUUAAUAAAAUUAUAUUAUAUUAUGCUGGUGGGUAAGACCCGUGGAAAAUCCACGUAGAGAUAAGAACAAUGGAAAAAUAGGCUGUUUUAGCUGUUUUGCUGAUGUAAGCAGUGCACAUCCAAAUAGAAAUUUAGUUAAAUUUAAUUUAUCUGUUGCCUGUAAUGUGUAGAGGUUGAAACGCAAAUGUAUACUUGUUGUAUUGCGAGAAUUUUGUUA